GAGCCCAGGAUAUUGCAGAGCGCACUAGAGCCCUGGCCAGCGCACAGUCUCACUCGGCGCCGGCAAGCUGGGUCUUGGGGAUUCUGGUUUGCUUUGGCUCACUCGCUUUUACAAACUACUGGAUCUUACAUGCCUCUGUACCCCCCACUUCCACUCCAUGUCCCCAUGCUCCUGCGCCAGCAACAGGACAUGUACCCUGGAUGCCAGCUGAGUUACUAAGGUAGUGCUGCAUGUCAGUAGACAGACCUUGGUAGAACCUCAAGGCUCCCGAGACCCCCAUCUCUCCUUAUUUUUUUGUGUGUGCGUCCUCACUGAACAUUCAAAACUGUUUCUCCAAAGGGUUUUGCAAAAACUCAGACUGUUUUCCAAAGCAGAAGCACUGGAGUCCACAGCAGAAGCGAUGGGCAGUGUGCGAACCAACCGCUACAGCAUUGUCUCUUCGGAAGAAGACGGGAUGAAGUUGGCCACCAUGGCGGUUGCAAAUGGCUUUGGGAAUGGGAAGAGUAAAGUCCAUACUCGACAACAGUGCAGGAGCCGCUUUGUGAAGAAAGACGGCCACUGUAAUGUUCAGUUCAUCAAUGUGGGUGAGAAGGGACAACGGUACCUUGCAGAUAUCUUUACCACAUGUGUGGACAUUCGCUGGAGAUGGAUGCUGGUUAUCUUCUGUCUGGCUUUCGUUCUCUCGUGGCUGUUUUUUGGCUGCGUGUUUUGGUUGAUAGCUUUGCUCCAUGGGGACCUGGAUGCAUCUAAAGAGAGCAAAGCUUGUGUGUCGGAGGUCAACAGCUUCACAGCUGCCUUCCUCUUCUCCAUCGAGACCCAGACAACCAUCGGCUAUGGCUUCAGGUGUGUCACGGACGAAUGCCCAAUUGCGGUUUUUAUGGUGGUGUUCCAGUCCAUUGUGGGCUGCAUCAUCGAUGCGUUUAUCAUUGGCGCAGUCAUGGCAAAGAUGGCAAAGCCAAAGAAGAGAAACGAGACUCUUGUCUUCAGUCACAAUGCCGUGAUCGCCAUGAGAGACGGCAAACUGUGUUUGAUGUGGCGGGUGGGCAAUCUUCGGAAAAGCCAUUUGGUGGAAGCUCACGUGAGAGCACAGCUGCUCAAAUCCAGAAUCACUUCUGAAGGGGAGUACAUCCCCCUGGAUCAAAUAGAUAUCAACGUUGGGUUUGACAGUGGAAUUGAUCGUAUAUUUCUGGUGUCCCCCAUCACUAUAGUCCAUGAAAUAGAUGAAGAUAGUCCUUUAUAUGAUUUGAGUAAACAGGACAUUGACAAUGCAGACUUUGAAAUUGUUGUGAUACUGGAAGGCAUGGUGGAAGCCACGGCCAUGACAACACAGUGCCGUAGCUCAUAUCUGGCCAAUGAAAUCCUUUGGGGCCACCGCUAUGAGCCUGUACUCUUUGAAGAGAAGCACUAUUACAAAGUGGACUACUCAAGGUUCCACAAGACUUAUGAAGUGCCCAAUACUCCCCUUUGUAGUGCCAGAGACUUAGCAGAAAAGAAAUAUAUCCUCUCAAAUGCUAAUUCAUUUUGCUAUGAAAAUGAAGUUGCCCUCACAAGCAAAGAGGAAGAUGACAGUGAAAACGGAGUCCCGGAAAGCACUAGUACAGACACACCCCCUGACAUAGACCUUCACAACCAGGCAAGUGUACCUCUAGAGCCCAGGCCCUUACGGCGAGAGUCGGAGAUAUGACUGCUUCCUUCUCUGGAAUAUUUACUUUAAACUACAGUCUGUUGGUCAAAGGCCCAAAACAGUUAUUCAGACGACGGUACUGGUGAAGAGGUGGGUCAAGGCAAGUGGCCACAAGGGACUGAGGCUAGUACAAUGGUUUCAGAGAAAGACUGUAAGCUCGGAGAUGAACAUAAAGCACUCAACAUGCCUCCCCCUCCCCACCCCUCCCCCCCCACCCC